CUUCAAAGGACAAAACUCAAAAGGAUCAAUCAACGGCAAUAAUGGCGAAGAAUAAUCCAUACGUAUACACAAAGAUGGAGAAAGAAGAUCCCCAAGAGUUAAUUCACAGAAGAGCUCAGUUUCUAAUUGAGAAGGUUUUAGACCGGGCAGACAACAGAACAAGACAGCAGCAACAGAGGAAGAGGUCAUCUGGACCGUUGAUUAUAAUCAGAGUAGCUGGAAUAAGAAUGAGAAUCGGUAAGAAGCUAAGGAAGCUGAGGAAGAACAAUAGUUGCGUUUGCAAAAAUCUUAUCUCUCGUUUCAUCAAAUCGUUUAAACGCUUGUUGUCGUCCUCGUCUUCUUCACGAACUAUCUCGGAUCUUCCUCCUCUAUACUCUCUUCAAGUUUGAUGAUCAUAAACUGUUUUUUGUUUUAAUAUUUUCCUAUAUAAUAUACAUCGAUUCCCUUCAACUAUAUUAUACACGUAAAUCAUGUUCUCUGUCG